UUUCCUCCGGGCAGCCGCGGCUCAGUGACGCGCGGUGCAGCAGCAGCAGCGGCAGCAGCAGCUUCAUCUUCAGCCUCCUCUUCGGCUCCAUCAUGGCUCUCAACGUCCCCGGCGUGGCGGUGAUGGUGUUCUUCUACCUGCUGGUGCUCGGCAUCGGCAUCUGGGCCUCGGUCAAGUCCAAGCGCGAGGCGAAGAAGGGCCGCGGCGACAAGACGGAGAUGGCGCUGCUGGGCAACCGGGGCAUCAACCUGACGGUGGGCAUCUUCACCAUGACAGCCACAUGGGUCGGAGGAGGAUUCAUCGUUGGCACGGCGGAGGCGGUGUACAACCCGUCCAUGGGGCUGAUCUGGGCCGUGAUGCCGGUCACAGCCACCAUGUGCUUCAUCAUUGGCGGCCUCUUCUUCGCCGAGCCGAUGAGGGACAACAAGUACGUGACCAUGAUGGAUCCUUUCCAGAUCAAGUACGGAAAAGUGCCGACGGCCGCUCUGUCGCUGGCGGCUCUCGUAUCGGAGAUUAUGUGGGUCACAGGAACACUCAUUGGCUUAGGUGUAACCAUGAGUGUGAUCCUGGACCUGUCCUACACCGUGAGCAUCUGGAUCUCGGCGGCGGUGGCCAUCACCUACACUCUGAUGGGCGGCCUCUACUCGGUGGCCUACACCGACAUCAUCCAGCUCAUCCUCAUCUUCAUCAGUCUGUGGCUGUGUGUCCCGUUCGCCCUGACGAGCCCGGCGGUGGCCGACAUCACGGAGACGGCGUUCAACUACACCUUCCAGACGCCGUGGCUCGGCUCUCUGGAGGCGAACAGAGCCUGGAGGUGGAUCGACAACUUCCUGCUGCUGGGUUUGGGAAACCUGGGUCUCCAGAACUUCCACCAGAGGACGCUGUCCGCCGCCUCCUCAACCACGGCCAAGAUCACCUGCUACGCCGCCGCCUUCAUCGUUCCCACGCUGGGCAUCCCGCCCAUUCUCCUCGGAGCGGUCGCCGCGUCCACAAACUGGAACCUGACAUCGUACGGAUCGCCGUCGCCGUACGACCGCGGGGAGACGGGCCUCGUCCUGCCCCUCGUCCUGCAGCACCUCACCCCCACCUACAUCUCCAUCAUCGGCAUCGGGGCGGUGGCGGCAGCCGUGAUGUCGUCCACUGACUCGGCGUUGCUGUCGGCGGCCUCGAUCUUCACCGCCAACAUUUACAAGAACAUCCUGAGGACGCAGGCAUCGGAGCAGGAGAUCCAGUGGGUGAUCCGGGCCUCGGUGGUGGCGGUGGGCCUGGCCGGCACCUCGCUCACCUUCCUGGACAACAGCGUGCUGAUGAUCUGGCUGCUGCGCUCCGACCUCACCUACACGCUCAUGCUGCCGCAGCUCGUCUGCGUCCUCUUCUUCAGCGUGUCCAACGGCUACGGCGCGGUGCUGGGCUGCGUGGUCGGUGUGCUGCUGCGGGUGCUGUGCGGCGAGCCGCUGCUCGGGAUACCGGCCGUGAUCCACUUCCCAGGAUGCACUCUGGUGGACGGCGUGUACGUGCAGCAGUCGCCGAUCAGAACCAUCUGCAUGCUGUCCGCCGUGGUGGCCAUCUUGUUGUUCUCCUACCUGGCGUCGCAGCUCUUCGGCCGAGGCCUGAUCCCCGAGAAGUGGGACAUUUUUAAUGUGAACGCGCAACAAGAGACACAAGAUGGCGCCAAAUCGGACAUAAAGGACGAGAAGCCGCUGGAACCGAACGAGAACACCGAGGCGAGUGAGCCGAUGUUAGAGUCGACGUGUUGAGAGGGGAGAUACAUUUUUAAUCUGGUUUAAGAACAAACUGGUCGUAGAACAGAACGAUUUUAUUUUGUAGAUUUUUUUUUAUAGGAAAAAACAACAUUACGCCUUCGCUCUUUGUCGGAGGAGUUCAACUCGUUCUCUGCAAUUUUAUGCAGCGGUGAAACUUUCAAGCGUUGACGGAUCGUACGACAACAGACCCGGAGUUAAAGCCCCGCCCCCUUCCAAUCCUCGUCUCCUCGAGAUUCUUCUGCACAACAGAAGUCAAAAACUACAAAAUAUUAAUAGUUUUAAUCAGAACUGGACACCAUGAAAAACAUGUGGUGCAGGUAGUGAGAGCUUCUCCACUUUUAUUUAAAUAACUUUGCUCAUUUUUAAUUCACAGUCACCGAAGUCGUAGUGAAAAAGUGAAAAAUAAACCGAACCACAUAAAAACACCAGGUUCAACCAGGUUUUGGCAGAUAUUAUUGAUUAUUAAUAAAAGUAUGGCUGAGACUCCGGGGGAACAUGUGAUAAUCCGUCCAGGCUUUGGAUCGUCAUUGGUCAUUUUGUCUUUGAAUGUACGACAUUCUUCUUUUGGUCUGAUGCUGCGUUCGCAAACAAAAGCGAAGCCAAAUGUUUUUCCUGUUGCGUAACUCGCCUUGGCUUUUCACAAAACAUUGCAUCAGGCAAAUAAUUCGCUCAAAAGUUCAAAUAUUUCUACUCAAGUGAGUAAUGCAGAAUUCGUAUCGCAGCGAACGCAAAGCAAAUUUUCCGCCUGAGGAGAUUACGUACAAGAGUUCGCUUGGGUUGAAACAUUUGACUCAAAGAGAAUAUUCGCGCAAUGCGAUGUUGCGAAAUUACAAUUAGAAAUAAGAUUCUCCAUCCGUGUUCGACAGAACGGGCGGGUUAUUGGCAGAUUUUGUUCGCUCUGACGUCACCUGCACCCUCAAAUAUUUGCGUGACGCGAUGAUUAAAUCGGGUGAUUAAAUCUUGUCAAUAUGCAACAUAGCGAGUAACGUGACACAAAAACUCGCUUCGCGCUUGGUGCGAACGCAACACGAGAGACAUGGUUUUAUCGCAAUGUAAAGACAGUAAAGUCUGUUUAUUUAUCGAAAACCAAGGCAACCGCCAGAGGUUUGGUUGAAACUGCCAUCACGCUGCUCAACUGCCAAAUGAAUAAACACAGAGAAACACGAUGAAUGGACAAUGUUGCUGAUUGGACGAUGUUGUACUCAGGGCCGAGCAGAACAGAUUAUACGGAACCAAAGAGGCUCCGGUGGCCAGAAACUCCUGAAUAUAAUCUGUUAAAUUCUAAAUAAACCUCACCUUUCUUUUACACACACAUAUGAAUGUUUUUAUGGUCUUGAGGGAUUGUUUCCUUUUUUUUCUUCGUGGGCUGCAGUUUGUGUUUCAUGUGUAUAAUUUUUCAUAAAUGUUUUUAUGACAGAGAUCAAUAUCAUUAUGAAUAUACUCCUGUAUAUAGCGCUUUGAGAUUGCUUUUAGCAAUGAAAAGUGCUCUAUAAAUGAAAUUUAUUAUUAUCGUUAUGUACAACUGGCGACCACCAACCACAUGUCGUGAAUAUUAAAAGGACGUUCUGUGAGAAACAA